CGUUAGCGGCGGUCGGGAUUUUUGGAUGCGGCUCCCUCGCCGGCGUGUGAAGGAUGGUGAUACCAGGCAAGACUGAAUCGGCGUAACUUUUACUUGGCAAGAGGAAAAACUUUCUUCCCCGUCUGAAGGCGUUAAAAACACGGACCGUUAAAAGGCAGAAGAAGUUGGUUUUAAAGCUGAACUUUACUUUCCUGGGAUUUGUGUGUCAGAUUCAAAGGCUGCGUCGUUUUGUUUUUCUUUUCUUUUUUUUUUUUCUCCCUUAUCUCCCAAAAGGAAACUGUUGCUAGUUGGAAUAGACUUCUUAAAUGUUUGGAAUUCAAGAUACUUUAGGAAGAGGACCAAUUCUGAAAGAUAAAUCCCUAGGUUCUGAGAUGGAUUCCGUCAGGUCCUGGGUCAGAAACGUUGGGGUUGUGGAUGCAAACGUAGCAGCACAAAGCGGAGUAGCUUUGUCCAGAGCCCACUUUGAAAAGCAGCCACCCUCCAACUUGAGGAAAUCCAAUUUCUUUCACUUUGUUCUGGCUCUCUACGACAGACAGGGGCAGCCGGUGGAAAUAGAGAGGACAGCUUUUGUGGACUUUGUAGAAAAUGAUAAAGAGCAAGGCAACGAGAAGACGAACAACGGCACUCACUACAAACUCCAGCUCCUCUACAGCAACGGUGUCAGGACAGAACAGGAUCUCUAUGUGAGGCUCAUUGAUUCUGUCACCAAGCAGCCCAUAACUUACGAAGGGCAGAACAAGAACCCCGAGAUGUGCAGAGUGCUGCUCACCCACGAAGUCAUGUGCAGUCGGUGCUGUGAGAAGAAAAGUUGUGGCAACAGAAACGAGACUCCAUCUGACCCUGUGAUCAUUGACAGAUUCUUCCUAAAAUUUUUUCUCAAGUGCAAUCAGAAUUGCUUGAAAACAGCAGGAAACCCCAGAGAUAUGAGACGGUUCCAGGUGGUGCUAUCGACAACAGUGAACGUGGAUGGACACGUGCUGGCAGUGUCUGACAACAUGUUCGUGCACAACAACUCCAAGCACGGGAGGAGAGCAAGGAGACUCGACCCCUCAGAAGCCACGCCCUGCAUCAAAGCCAUCAGCCCGAGCGAGGGCUGGACCACAGGGGGGGCCAUGGUGAUCAUCAUCGGGGACAACUUCUUCGAUGGGCUCCAGGUGGUGUUUGGGACCAUGCUGGUGUGGAGUGAGCUGAUCACACCUCACGCCAUCCGUGUGCAGACGCCGCCCCGGCACAUUCCCGGCGUGGUGGAGGUGACAUUGUCCUACAAAUCCAAACAGUUCUGCAAAGGAGCACCAGGCAGGUUCAUUUACACAGCUUUAAAUGAACCUACCAUAGAUUACGGCUUCCAAAGACUGCAGAAGGUCAUCCCAAGACAUCCUGGGGACCCUGAAAGAUUAGCUAAGGUAAAAUCAUUUUAAGCAUUUCACCCAGCCCACCAACUGUGUUCUUUCACUUUUAAUUCAUAAAAGAGACACAAUUAUAUCUUAAAUGAAAAUCACAUCUGAAUUCAC